CCCCGCGCCGGAGAGACUACGCUUCCCAGGGUGCUGCGCGCGCCGAGGCCUCUGCUGGGCUCCGCGACGCGCCUGAGAGUGGCCCGACCCGCUUCGUGCGCCCCAGGCCCGCGCUUCCCCUGCUGCUGCUGCUGCUGCUCGCGCGCUGCCGGGCCGCCAUGCCGACGGGGGACUACGAGUGAGAGCGGGGGCCGGGCGGGGGGGGGGGGAGGGCGGCGGCCCGGAGGCCUCCCGGAGCCCCGCCGGGGCUGCGCGGCCUGCUCGCUCCGCCUGGCGCCUCGUGGAGACGCGGCUCGGAGAAUCCCAGAGUGGCAGAGAUGGAGGGAGCCCUCGGGACCAUCUAGUCCAGCCCCCAGAAAGCCCCAAGGCGGGAGUGGCCCUGGCGGCGCCCCUGGGCCCCUUUCAGGUUGCAGAGCUGCCCCACCUCCCCUGUUCGGACACAGACAGGGGCUCCAGAGGCCGGUCUGUGCUCUGCGAGUCGGGGAGACUUGGGCAGGCGCGGAGGAGCUCCGGACGGCUGAGCCGCCACCUCCGAGUUUCUCCGCAAGGCGUGGGGUGCAUUGGGGGCCUGGUCAGGGCGAUUGAGCUGUUAGAAUGAGAGGCAAAUACUUUGGCCAGGAGAAGGUGGUUCUUUGCUGGCCUUGGGGCUGUUUUGAGGGGGGCGUUGGAAGGCGAACAGCAGGCAGGAGUGUAGAAGAGAGAAGACGAAGCCUUAGCUUGGGAGACCUUGUUCUGCGGGACUCCUGUGCCCUUUGGGGGACGUGUUUAUCUCUUGGGGGCAGAACUCCUGGGCCUUGGGCAGAAAGCGUGAGAGACUGUUUAGUAGGUUGUGGCUGACUAGUAGUCGGAUGCUUUUCCUUGGAGGUUGGGCAGAAGAGGAAAUAAAAGAACAGCUGUUGACCAAAUGGGUUAAUGGCAGAGUACCUGGAAUAGAGUUUCAGGGUGGAGUUAGUAUUAUGGAUGCCAUUUGGAAUGUGGUUGGAAGACAUUCCUAUCUUUUAUAUGAAGAAGCCAAUGUGCAUUUUGGUAGAAUUAAAGUGACUCGCAAUGAGAGUAUGAGGUAUAUGGGUGAGGAUCAGGGACUAGUCUUACUACAAGUAAGUAGUAAGAAAGUACUGGGUGUGGGAAGAGCAACUGCCAAGGUUAGAGGAUCAAGCAAGAACUCUAUACAUUUACAUUAACUGAACAGAUACUUAAGUUGGUAUCUCUAACUCUGUUUCAGCUCCAAGCCCAGUUGGGCAGACCAAGUGGAAGAGGAAGGGGAUGAUGGUGAGAAAUUUCAUGUGUCAUUGAACAAGGUGCAUGUUAAAGGAAGAGCAGCCCCUUUCACCCAGGAGAAGUCAGAGCAGACUUCCACCCCAUCUAGAAUGAGUUUUAUUUUCCUUGUACCUUGAAAUCUGUACCCACAUCUUGAACACACCAAGAAAAUUAGAUUGCAGCUAGCCUCUGCUUUUUCCUUGUCUAUCCCACCUGGAUGCCUUCAGACAAGUUUAUGGUGCUAUACAAGUCAGGCAACUGCCUGCCUCCCAGUGUGGCCCCAUUCCUCUUGCCUCACCACACUUCCUUCCGCACCCCGAGAAGUCACAGUGCUCUUCCAAAGAAAUGGAAGCCUGGCCCCAACAAUCCAUUUUGAAGGGGCAAGGAGGGAGUAUAAGUUAAACAUUUUACCGUAUUUUUCGCCCUAUAGGACGCACUUUUCCCCCUCCAAAAAUGAAGGGGAAAUGUGUGUGCGUCCUAUGGGGCGAAUGCAGACUUUCGCUGAAGCCUGGAGAGCGAGAGGCGUCGGUGCGCACCAACCCCUCUCGUUCUCCACGCUUCAGGAAGCUAUCCGCAAGCCUUGAGCGCCCGGCGGGAGUUCCUGCAGGCUCGCAAGGCUUGAGAGCGGCAGCCUGCAGCCCGAAGCACGGGGCACCCUCCGGAGGAUGCCCCGUGCUUCGGGCAGGUGUCUGCAAGCUUUGCGCGCCCGCCGGGAGGUCCCGCCGGGCGUGCGAGGCUUGGGGCGGCAGCCAGCAGCCCGAAGCACGGGGCGGGCUGCAGAGCACCCCCCCGUGCUUCGGGCUGCUGUCCGCAAGCCUUGCGCGUCUGGUGGGAGGUCCCGCCGGGCGUGCGAGGCUUGGGGCACCAGCCCGAAGCACAUGGCGCCCUCCGGAGGACGCCCCGUGCUUCGAGCAGGUGUCCGCAAGCUUUGCACGCCCGGCGGGAGGUCCCGCCGGGCGUGCAAGACUUGAGGCGGCAGCCUGUUCUGUGGGCUGGGGUCGGGGGAAGCUCAGGCUUCCCCCGCCCCAGCCCCGCGGCUGGGGGGGGGAAAUAAUUUUUUUUUAUUCAUUCCCCCCCCCCCCAAAAACGAGGUGCGUCCUAUGGGCCAGUGCGCUUUAUAGGGCGAAAAAUACGGUAAUUCUGAGUAAUAGUUUCUGAGCCACACUGAGGGCAGAUCAUUCCAUCAGGUAAGCAGAUAUGCUUGCUCAGAUGGAGCAAACUGCUAAUGUUGAAUUCCUUCCAAGAGGUCUUAACUUUCUCAUAAUAAUAAUAAUAUUCAUUGUGAACCCAGAACCCUCCACUCCAAACAAUGAGAUCUUCCUCUAAAUUUUCUUAUCUCUGUGCUGUCAACAUUCCAAAGGUACCUGAAGCUCAUGGGGCCAUGUUCAGGAGUACUUAGGUAUUUAUAAGCAUCCUUACCUCUGGAAUCCCAUGUAUGUAUUUUAUUUUGGGCAGCCCUGUUUUCAUUCCCAAUGGCUCUACAAAUUUGACUAUACUAAUUUACUAUUAGAGAGAAUGAUAAUAUCCUUCAUGUAAAGACUUUAAUUGAGUUAUUGUGCUUUCCCAACACAGAUAAAUGCAUCACCAGUGACCUGCUCAAGGACAUCCCCCUGAGUGGAGUGCUGGGUGGAGGUGGAGGUGGAGGUGGAGCUGUAAAUGUAACUGUAAGCAUUGAGCCUGAGCUUGUGAAAGGAGGUAAAAGUUCACUUUGCAUUUCAAAAAGGGACUGCAGUAUUGGGUGACUUGGAGACACAGAAAGAUUACUAUAGUUCCCACCCCCACUACUUUUUACAGAACCUCUCCCAUCACCCAAGGAGCUUGUGAAUGGAAACAUCAAAACAGUGACUGAGUACAGGGAAGAGGAGGAUGGCCGCAAGGUGAAGGUGAGUGAGGGCUUGGGAUCAAGCUAUAUCUCUCUUCUCCCCACCCCCCAGCUCUCAUUCUCAGGGUCACCUCCAUAUUAUCCUCUUGGUGUCUUGUGGUGUCUUGUGUUCUUAGGGAUUUGGCCCCACCCUCACUUCCAGUUGCCUUUCGUUGACAGUGAAAGUUCAUCUCCCAGCACGCCACUUCCUAGGUUGUACGCGGGCAGAACUCUCCAUGUCAUGUGGUUCAUUUCUGUUUUUAGUCUGAAAGUGAUGACCCUGCUAGAUGUUUUCCUCCAAUAUACCAUGUUGCUCGAGUUCUGCAGGCUUGAGUGAAUAGGUUUUUGGGUGGAGGUUGGUUGUGACUUAAGCACAGUAACUGUGUGGUCAGGAAGAAGCAAGCAAAUUCUACCUGCAGGUGUGAUCCUCAGACUUUUCCCAUUUCCUCUUUGUUGAUUCUUGCCCUGAGAAUGUAAUAUGACAUGUUGCUAUCCUUUGCCAGAUUAUCCGCACCUUUCGAAUUGAGACCCGGAAGGCCUCAAAGGCUGUGGCUAGGCGAAAGGUGAGUCACUUAAGAGAGUGAAGCUUAUCCCCUUGCACCUUCCUCCUUGACCACUAGGCAUACUAGGCAUAUGUAUACUGACAUUUUAUGCCGGGGUAGGCAACCUAAGGCCCAUGAGCCGGAUGUGGCCCAAUCCAGCCGGUCUGGGAAUUGAUGUGUUUUUACAUGAGUAGAAUGUGACCUUUUAUUUAAAAUGCAUCUCUGGGUUAUUUGUGGGGCAUAGGAAUUCGUUCAUCUCGCCCCCCCCCCCCAUAUAGUCCGGCCCACGGCUGAAAAAGGUUGCUGACCCCUGUUUUAUGCCAUCAUCAGAUCUGAAGUAAUGGUACUGGAGCAAGAGAUGUCUAAAAGCCAAAACAAUAUAUAUUUUUAGCUCAAACCAGUAUUCCAAUGAAAAACAAAUAGGUCCAUAAAGAAGUGAAGUCUGGGAUUUGUUCUUGAUUGGCUUAAAAUUGGACCUGAGGCCCACCCUCAGCCAGGGCCUGUUGAAGGGAGGUCCCACCAUUAGUUGCACACACAGUUAUGCAAGUUUUGGUGCUCAUCAGACUUUUCUGUGAACUCAGCCUCCUGAUCUGUUACAUUUUAGUCUUGCUCUCUUUCUGAGUGAAGACGUUGUUUUUGCAUGUAUUCUUCACAUUUGGCUAGAUGAUGGGAGUUACAUUCCAACAACAUCUGGAGGGCACCAUGUUGGGAGAGGCUGGCUAAGGGGGGGGGACACCCAAGGUUUUUUUUUCAUUGUAGUAUCUCAUAUUUUGAGAUGCUGGAUCUUAAAUGGUGUUUUGAUACUCUUUACAUCUUGUUGACAGAAUGUUUUGCUGCUGCUGUUUUGCUUUGGAACAGCUGGUGUGCAGUUUGCUCAAAAUUUGGAAUCUGCCAGCUGGGGAUUCUUUUAGAAAUCACCCUGCUGGUCUCUCCAGCCUAUUCCCACUAUGUCUGUCUUGCAUCAUCUUUCUCCCCCACUUCUUGGGGAUUGCAAAUGAGAUCAAAGACUUCAUCCAGCUCUUUUGUUCUGCUCUCUAGAACUGGAAAAAAUUUGGAAACUCUGAGUUUGAUGCCCCUGGCCCAAAUGUGGCCACUACCACUGUGAGCGAUGAUGUGUUCAUGACUUUCAUCACCAGUAAGGAGGUGAGUGGCAGCAUGCAGGAAAGCAGGGGGUGAGAAUAAAGAGCAGAGGCUUCAAGAUGGGUUGUGGUGCUUGUGUUUCUGGGGGGAAAUGGCACGGGAAGCUGCUUUGUUCUGAGUCAGCCCCCUGGGCCAUUUAGCACAGGAUUGUCCACCUUGAGUGGCAGCUGCUCUCCAGGGUUUCAGGGAGCAGGUCCUUCCAAUCUCUACCUUGAGAAAAUGAAACAUGGGACCUCCUGCUUCCUAGCAGGUGUCUGCCACUGAGCUGUUGCCGUUGCCUGUUAACAUUCUGACAUUCCUAAGACUACUGGCACAGUAGAGACACUUGGUUGGAACUUAAUCGUUUUGUGGGCUCUGAAUGUGGGUGGGAAGACAAGCAGACUUUCAGUUGCUCACACACUCAGAUGUGUCCUUUGCCAGGACUUGAAUUGCCAAGAGGAGGAGGACCCCAUGAACAAGCUGAAAGGGCAGAAGAUUGUGUCGUGCCGUAUCUGCAAGGGUGAUCAUUGGACCACUCGCUGCCCAUAUAAGGACACCCUGGGACCUAUGCAGAAGGAGCUGGCAGAGCAGCUGGGGCUCUCCACAGGCGAGAAGGACAAACUGCCAGGAGGUGAGGGGUGCAAAAAGGCAGAGGAUAUGGGGUGAGCCCUUCCUGCAGAGACAGAUAGGUUGGCUUAUGCCAGGGAUGAGAAGGAGAGUUGUGCUCCGAGUUUCACUAACACUGCAUUUUGUUUCUGCAGAACCAGAACCUGUUCAAGCCCAGCAAAGCAAGACUGGGAAGUAUGUCCCACCCAGCCUGAGAGAUGGAGCCACGCGCAGAGGGGAGUCCAUGCAGCCUAACCGUAGAGGUAGAUUGCCUUUGAGGGGAGGUAGGGACUGAAUCUGACGUGUCCUGACAGCAGUAGCUGUUGGCAUCUAGCAGUCUAGUCCUGUGUAUAUUCUGUGCCAUACAAGCCUAGGCCUGCUUUAAAGAUAGUUGAGCUGGCAGGUAUUUAAGAGUCCUUCAGUUUCUGCUACCCUGAUCCAACAGUUCUCCUUGUAUCUUAGCCGAUGAUAAUGCCACCAUCCGAGUCACCAAUCUGUCCGAGGACACCCGAGAGACUGACCUGCAGGAACUGUUCCGUCCUUUUGGGUCCAUAUCCCGCAUCUACUUAGCCAAGGACAAAACCACUGGCCAAUCCAAGGUGAGAAAGAGGGAUUGAUAAUUGGGCUGAACUUGGUAGGUUCAAAGCGGGGAAAGAGGUGGCAACAGGUGAGUGCUGGAAGACAUUGUGCUUUUAUAUUGUGCUUUCUUGUUGUAACUGCCCUGAGACCUGCAGGUAAAGGGCGGUAUACAAAUGAUUAAUAAUAAAUUAAUUAUAAAUAAUAAUAUAGAUACAAGCAAAAAUUACCUUCCUUAUCUCUUAUUUUCAUCUUUCCUGUUGCUUACCUUCAGGGCUUUGCCUUCAUCAGCUUCCAUCGCCGAGAAGAUGCUGCUAGGGCCAUUGCAGGGGUAUCUGGCUUUGGCUAUGAUCACCUGAUCCUAAAUGUGGAAUGGGCCAAGUAAGUAGGACUCUAUAUAAGGUAAAGGGAUCCCUGACCAUUAGGUCCAGUCCCGAACGACUCUGGGGUUGCGGCGCUCAUCUCGCUUUAUUGGCCAAGGGAGCUGACGUACAGCUUCUGGGUCAUGUGGCCAGCAUGACUAAGCCGCUUCUGGCGAACCAGAGCAGCAGGAAACGCCGUUUACCUUCCCGCCGGAACGGUACCUAGUUAUCUACUUGCACUUUGACAUACUUUUGAACUGCUAGGUUGGCAGGAGCUGGGACCGAGCAACAGGAGUUCACCCCAUUGCGGGGAUUCGAACCGCCGACCUGAUCGGCAAGUCCUAGGCUCUGUGGUUUAACCCACAGCUACACCCGUGUCCCUUAUAUAGGGUAUAGGGUAGGCUAUUUAAUUCCUUUCAGCAGUGUGCCUGUCGAACAGCCUCAAAUUCUGCUGUUACUGCAAAUUUAUGUUUCUUACAUAAAUGUUCAGCCUGCUUCUCACUGAGACAGUAGACCUGUUUCUAUAUAUUAGUCUUUCAGCUGUACCAUUUUAAAUGGAAUUCUCCCUCAUGAUAAGAUACCUAUUUACACAAAAUCUAUCUUCUAGUAUGGAGGAUCAUUCAUUUGUGAGAACUUUUGCCUGCUGUCUGAAGUGGUGCAGUGCUAUGCGGAUUCACUAUUUUAGUUUUUUAAAAAUAGCCCUCAGUUUUGGCCAUAAAAUUCAGCCUUAGUGGAAUUUUGAAUCAGACAAUUUUGUUGGAAGCAAAGUCAGGAGCACUUGGGACCAGUGAUUGGGGGAACAAAGCACCUCAGUGCAUUCUCCCCCACCGCCUCAAAAAAAGGAGGAGGAGGAAGAGGCAGGACUUGGCAGCCUAGCAAAUUUCCCACCUUGCCAUCUUUUGGAGCCAGCCACAAUUAGCAUGUUGGAAUGAAGAGCAACGGGCACUUAGGGGGAAAGACAGUAGUCACCAUUAAAUCCUGUUUCCGAGUCCAUAGCUGAAGUUGCCCUUAAAUUUUCAAGCUUUUCUCACAACAUGAGGCCUAGCAACAGCUUUGUUCUUAAAUAUGAGCAACAGAUUCUCCAGGUGAUGCAUUGGAUGCAAAAUAUUCAGUCGUCCACUUGUUAAAAUACUAAUGUCUCUUUUUUCCCUUCCCACCCCCAGACCUUCCACCAACUGAGGCUUCCUGUCCGGCAUUUGUCUUUGGAAAUUGCCCAGUUUUGCUCCUCACUGGAAAUAAUAGUCACUAAUAAAGGUUCCUUUCAGUCACUCUCUUGUGGUUUGUCUCGGUCCCUCAUCAAAAUAGCCCUAUUGUUGCUGGAGU